AUGAGCCCCCUUUUAGCGCAUGCGCACUGCAGCGUUGGAGAAAUCCAGGAAUAUAUAACGGCCAUUACGGAGGAUGAGAGAGAAGAGUCCUGGUGGGAUCCGGCCAUAAUGACAAUUAGAUGGAGACCAAAAACGGCCACGAACGAAGACAACAGUUUAGCGGUCUGUGCAAGUGUCGUUGAGAACGCCCAUACUUCAGUUAGAAAGAUUGCGCAACAAACUAGUAUCUGUAAAUCAUCUGUCCAUGAAGUAUUAAAAGCAAAUAAGUUCCAUCCUUAUAAGAUAAAAUAUGUGCAAGAACUUUCGGAAGGCGACUUCGAUCGCAGAUUAGAAUUUUGUGAGGAAAUGAUGAGACGGUGUGACGAAAAUGAGUCAUUUCCUUUUUGGAUAUGCUUCUCCGAUGAAGCUACUUUACAGUUGAAUGGAGAAGUUAAUAGGCACAACAUGCGAUAUUGGUCAGACGAAAAUCCCCAUUGGAUGAGAGAUAUCCACACACAACAUCCACUGAAAAUUAAUGUUUGGGCUGGAAUUUUGUGCAAUCAAAUUGUUGGGCCUUUCUUCCUUGAAGAUAAUUUCACAGCUGAGAGGUACUUUAAUUUAUUGAAUAACGAGAUUAUACCUGCAAUCCGAAAUAUUUCUGGUAUAGCGUUUGACAAUGUCUGGUUUCAACAGGAUGGAGCUCCGUGUCAUUUCGGUUUAAUUGCACGCAAUCUAUUGAACAACAUUUUCCCCGGGCGUUGGAUUGGUAGGAGGGGUUCGAUUGAGUGGCCACCGAGGUCACCUGAUCUAACUCCUCUGGAUAAUUUUUACUGGAGUUUUUUGAAGAACAAGGUGUACGAAACAAAGCCGACAGACAUCUGA